CGCAGGAAUAACCCGGGCGGGUUGCUGCUGGACACGGCUGCCCAGGCGUUUAUGGCGGUGGCUUCUACGAUGUGCGGUAUGGCGACUGACAUCAUCUUUGCAAACACCUUGCCGUAUAUUUGUGUGUAUACGGCCUGGAAUCCGCCUUCCACAUGUCCCUAAAAAUAUGGUCGAAGCAGCUUUGCCAGGCUUCAUCCGUGAGGGACAAGUCAGCUGGGGAAAGCACCAGCUGAUAAGGUUGGAAGCUACAUGUGUAGGACUGCGGGUUUCUAUACAUCCGACCUCCAGCUUGGGAAGUCUCGGUUGUGGUCCUGCACUCUGCUCGGGUGGCACUUGCUCUUGUUUUGUUGCUCCUCUUGUGGCCUGGAUAACUUGCCUUCCAAGGUUCCAUUGCUUCCUUCACGCCGGAUGAUCACCACUGUUUGUUCGUCUCUUGUCUCCCCCACCAUCCUUUUCGCCUGAUGCCUUUCCUCGCCUUUCUUCCCUUCUCUGCCUCCUCUCUUCUUCCUCCACGCCGUCCCUCUCUCACCUUUCCCGCCCCCUCCAUGCGAUAAUAUUGCUCCUGUCCCUCCAUCCACUCCAGCUUGCCACCAGCCUCGUCUCAGGAUGCGAUACGACGACUGGGACGUGCUCCUCUUCCCCUCGGGCCGAGAUGAUCGGGUGCCCCUGAGGGAGUUCAAGGUCAACUGCCAUGUUGUCCCCGACGCCGACUUCUCCCACAGCCGUGCCACCUUUGGUCUGCCCGUCAUGACUUGCUUCGUCCCGGGUCUGCAGUCUGGAUCCCCUUUCCAUAUCUCCAUACAUUCCUGGUGCCGGCCCAAGCCCAGCCAGCACACGCUUAGCUACACCAAGCACCCCGAACUGGCAACGUUCGAGGCCCGCAUCUUCAUCGAUGGGCGCAUGGUUGCGUCCACGUUGCUCCAGCCCUUUGGUGCCUGGCCGAAUCUGAUCGCCAGCACCUCGCAAAUGACGAAGCAGGGUGAACUCGAGGAGUUGAGAUUUCCCUCAUUCCGGCGCGAGUUGCUCUUCCAGAACCACUGGAGCCCCGGUGACGACCUUGGACGUAUCAAAGUCCUCAUCGGUGAGGGAUUUCCUAGAGACUCGCCUUCCAACCCCAUCGAGCGGGUCAAGAACGUUGUCGCAUUUGCCUUCCAACAUGCGCCUCUGGACAUCCUCGAGACCAAUGGCAUAGCUUGGCCCAACCCGCAAAUGUGGCGUCGGCCCCAGAACAACCCAGCUCUUCCCGUGCCAACCUUCUACCCGGAUGAUGGUGCAGACUCUCACCUGCACUCGCCACGCCGCAGGCCGCUUGCCUCCCAACACAUGCCAACCAUAUCCACAACCCUGACUGCCCCUGCCGGGCCAGUUCCCACGCUCGACGCCAUCACCACAGGCCGCUCCAACUUGCAAAAGGCAUCUGCAUCCACCGCUUCGAGCUUUCUCGACCCGUUCAACGAGGCCGCCUACCAGGAGUGGAUCGACUCGUUGGGUCUGGAGCAACAACAGUCCCACGUGAACACCAGCGCCAUCUGGCCCACCCUCGUUGCCCGCGGCAAUGACAGGUCUGGGGCCAACCCAGCCGCGGGAAGCAUCAUGGCGUACAUGCCCUCCGCCGUGCGCGACACCGCCACAGCAGACCCAGUGCACUUGUCUGGCCGCAGCCUAGACGAGGAUACUCAGAUGGACAUGCUCAAGGUGCCAACAAACACCCCGACCGCGUUCCUUGGUGCAGAUCAUGCGGCUUCAGGACAAUUCACCUGCAACAACCCGAACCCACCCAUGUCCACCGACUUUGCCCACACUCUCACUCACUCACUCCUGAACCAGCCCCAGCCUCUCCCCGUCCUGCCGCAGUCCAUCCAAGCACACCAAAUCCAGCUGCCCGCAAGCGAGGUCAAGUCUCGGAAAGAAAACCGCCAUGUGAACAACGCCGGCUCAGUCGGGUCCUCGACAAACCCUUCCCCCUCAGUCGAAGCUCAAACCCGCAGAUUCUCUGCCUCCAACACGGCCUUCGGCAUUAUUGGCAAUGAUCGUACGACAUCCUCGGGGUCGGGCUCUGGCCCUACAUUCAGUCGUCACUCCUCCGCUGGCGACUUUGGUAAAGACAUCACAAACACGGCUUCCCCAGGCCAGACAUAUGCCGGGGUUGCCGCGUCAGGGAACGGCCAUGGCAGCGGCAGUGAAAAGGGCACGAAAAGAAGCCGUAACUUCACACCAGCUAGUGCCAAGGCUAUAGACGAAGAAGACGAGCCUCGUCGAGUCAGCCCCCGACUGCGGGCGGCAACAAUAUUUUCCUUGAACUCAGACGACAACGAGACCCAGCAAUGAUCGCUGUCAGAUGUAGGUAUAUCCAUCCCUCUGCCCUGUACGGAUUUCAACGGGCCUAGGUAUACAAUAUCCCGCCGGCAGCGAAAUUCUUUUGCGCCUCGUACGGCAGUCUUGAUGCGGUCUCUUCCUUUCCCAUUUUCGAAAUUGUUAUUUUGGACGAGAUGAAGAUUGUAACUGUGGGUGAACGAGCCUGAUAUCUUAAAUUAAGGACUGGCUCAUGUUCAUGCUUUGAUCAUAUGUAUGCGGCCAUAGCGCUGCUUAUGAACGCAUGGCAUCAACUCGGACCUGUAACAACCCACUGCAUCUCAUUCACAGUCAUUGCUACCACUUACGAGCGCGACGAGAAGGCACUCACAAGCAAUCUGCGCUAUGGUGACGGGAGGAAGAGGCAGCCAGGAUUUGUCAUGAUGAACGCGGAGGAAUCGCAUCUGGGCUCAGAGCAUCCACUCCAGCGCUCCUUAGGCGGUGAGAAUAGAAAC